AUGAUGAUUCAAGCUAAUGGGACGAUGAUGAUUCAAGCUAAACUGCAUCAACUGGCAGAAGGACUACGACGGGUCUGGUCCAGAAUAUGUGGUCUCUACACGACCAGCACCACAAAAAGCUGGAAGGAAAAACUUCUCCUCCUGCUGACCUGUUUUACCACCAGCCUCAUUCUGAGCACCUUCCUCUUUCUCAUCCUCCACUUUUCCUUCAAAUGUGCUCAGGAGGUCUCGCUUCCCUUUACUUGUGUUUUUUGUAUAAGCGUAACACCAGCCAUGUAUUUCUCAGAAAGGAUUCGCUGUUUUGGAGCCUUGAUUUUGAUCUCAAUGGGUGUGAAACAAGUGAAGAGACUUCUUCUCACUUUAGGAACCAGUUCAGUGAUUUUCUUCAACAUCCAGAACAUGUCGCGGAACAUGAGGCUCCUUGCAAAAGGCCUCCUCUGCAACUUGGAGGAAAAGUUAUUGGAUAUUAAUACAGAACCCCUCGGGAAUUAUAUCAAAAUGCUGAAGUGGGUGGGAAAGCAACUUAAAAAUUACUUUACAAGCUUUCAGUUAGUGAGUUACCAUGCAGAUUUCAAACUAAAAGCAAAGGUGGACUCGCAAGACUUCAAAAUGUACCUCACCGAGGCAGAACAGGUUUUAAACCAGACCACGCAAAAUUUGUUAGCACUGACCAACACUUUGUCUUCAAUAGGAAAGAUAUUGUCUCCAACAUUAGGUCUUUUACUUCUUGUACUCCUCACUGCUCUAUACCUGAGAAGAUUCCACGUAGACAAAAGAUACAACAACCAAUACAUCACAAAAACUUUCCGUUGUUUUGACGAGCGGCAAAGGGAAAUGGGAAAACCGUAUGUCCUUCCGCUGACCAAAAACGAAUCGGAACUUUAUGUAGUGACUCCAUCCAUUCGUCCGACGGGUCGGCGGUGGAAAGCCAUGAUCAAGUUCAGUCUUCCCAUAUUCACUCACUGUCUCACCUGGCUGGUGUUUAUCAGUCUAGACGCCCUGAUUUACUGGCUUAUUGUAGUUCUGAGCAAGCGACUCGGGGAACUGGAGCCACUUCGUGUUCCUGUGGGAAUAAAAGUUCAGGUAACCUCAGAUAUUUUUCGUAUAAAAGCACAGUAG